CACCAUAGUCUCAUCAGUAGACAUCCUCAAGAAAAUGAACACCAUCAAAAAUAUAGUUUUGAGCAGUUCUGUUCGGAUCGGAAUUGUCCACGUGGACAAUCCGGUAGAAUUCUGGGCGCAGGUGGACGACGGUCGGGAAGAAGCUAGGCGACUGUACCGGGACCUGUAUCGGUACAUGAGCGACCGCGGCCACCUCCACUUUCCAAACCAGGGAAGACUGACCACUGGACGUCUGGUGGCGUACAGAAGUAAAGAAGGUACCUGGGUCCGAGGAGAAGUUCAACACCUGGUGGACGGCCAGUUCGAGGUGGCUCUUCGUGACCACGGCAAGGUGGCCUUCAAGGUACGGGUACGGGGUAUCCGCCCUGUAUGCAGGACCUGGAAGAUAGAGCAGGCCAAGAGGGUGUUGGAAGGAAGGAGGGGUCUGCUAACCAACAUCAGAGGCGAGGGUGAGGUCGUGGCAGAUGUAGCCCUCGAUCGUCUACCAGGACAACCACCAUUCAACGUGGCGGAGGCGUGGUUGGGCAUGAGAUACGCGGUUCCAGGCCGGGUAUAAAAGCAGACCACAACACCAUUCUUCCAAAA